GUCCUGUCAAAAAACGUGGGAGAAUGUUAUCAUCCACUUUUGCUUAUUUAUCAUAGGAUGCCCGUCAUUGUUAAAAAUAGAUUCCUGUUGUUGUAUGGUUCUCAAACUGGACAAGCAAAAGCAAUAGCUGAAGAAAUUGCCGACAGAUGUGUUGAACAAGGUUUACAUGCUGAUGUCAUUUGUUUGAGUCAGACUGAGAAAAAGUUUAACAUAGAAAGAGAAUCUAGUGCUGUAUUUAUAUUAUCAACAACUGGUGAAGGUGAUCCACCUGAUACAGCAGCAAAAUUUGUAAGACGCCUUAAAAAGAAGACUUUACCUGAUGGUUAUUUAUCUCAACUAAAUUUUACUAUAUUAGGACUAGGAGAUACAAAUUAUACUAAUUUCUGUAACUGUCCAAAAGGUUUGAAUCAGAGAUUAUUAGAAUUAGGAGCUCAUCAUUUUUAUCCACCAGGUUGGGCUGAUGAUGCUGUAGGGUUAGAAGUUGUUGUGGAACCCUGGAUUGAUAAUCUAUGGGAACCUCUUAAAAAACAUCAGAUGAAUGGUUUUGGAGGUGAAACAACUGUAACUAUAGAUAAAACAAACAUUUCAGAAUCUAUAAUGGACUCGGGUUCAGACACUUCAGUGAUCAAACCAGUUGAAUUAAAUACAAAUAUGAACUCCAAUGGAAAUGUAAUUGUGGAGAUAGACAAUAGUGAUAUAGGUGUGAAUCAGACUGUUACUGUUGCUAGUUUAACUGAGUCUAUACCACCAUUAUCUACCAUUGGUCUCAAUUUACCAACUUUACCACCUCCUUAUAUACAUCUACAAUAUAAUACAGAUAAUAUAUUGUUUCCUUCUGCAGCAUCAGAAAUAAAAUCAGUACCAAUAACAUCAGCUACAGUACUAACUUCACCUGAUGCUGUGAAAAAAACAUUGAAACUUUCUAUUGGUAUUCAGGAUAGUAAAAUUACAUAUGAACCUGGUGACUCAAUAUCAGUUAUUUGUCCUAAUUCUACAGAAGAAGUAGACUCUAUUCUGAAAAGGUUAGAUAUAAGUGAUGAAGCUGAUUGUGAAGUUAAUUUAUCUAUUAUACCAGAAACAACAAAACGUAAACCUACAAUACCAUUGUAUAUACCAGAAUCUUGUACAUUACGCUAUAUAUUUACUACUUGUAUAGAUAUUAGAGAACCUCCUAAGAAGGCAUUAUUACGAGCAUUUGUAGAGUAUACUGAUAAUCCUACAGAGAAACGGAGACUACAAGAAUUAUGUAGUAAACAAGGUGCUAGUGAUUAUGCUCAGUUUAUUAGAGAGAAAAAUUUAAGUAUUCUGGAUAUUUUAACAGCAUUUCAAUCAUGUCAUCCUGCUGUCAGUUCCUUAAUAGAACAUACAAGUCGCCUGAAACCAAGGCCCUAUUCAGCUUGCAGUGCACCAUGCAUAAAUAAAAACAGUCUAUCAUUUGUAUUUAAUGUUAUUGAGAUCCCUGAAGGUGAAGGUCGUUGCUGUGGUCGUCAAGGAGUUUGUACUGGAUGGUUGGACAAAUUAACAGAAUCUAUACAAAGAUCUUAUAAUAAACAGAGUUUAGAAACAGAAUUGGAAUCAUUAUCAUUAAGCUCUUCAAUACAGAUUCCUAUCUAUUGUCGAAAUAAUCAACACUUUCGACCACCAACAGAUCUGUCUCGUCGUGUGGUAUUUAUUGGACCAGGUACUGGUGUGGCUCCAUUUAUUGGAUUUCUAGCUCAUAGACAACACCAGAGGCAGUUAGUUGAUAAAGAUACUACAUAUGGGGAUACCUGGUUAUUCUAUGGAUGUCGACAUCCAAAUAAGGAUUUUCUUUUUGAGGAAGAAUUGGAAAGGUACAAAGAAACAGGUGUAUUGACAAAACUUUGUGUCAGUGUUUCACGAGACCCAGAUGUACUAGACAAACCAAAAUAUGUUCAAGACUAUAUAUUGCAAGAAAUAAACAGUAUAUAUGAUAUUUUAAUAGAUGACACUAGUCUUAUUUAUGUCUGUGGUGAUGCCAAGAACAUGGCCAAAAAUGUGAAUGAGGUCUUUAUGAAGAUAUUGAAGAUAAAGAAAGGUAUGACAGAUGAUGAAGCUAAAGCAUUUAUAAUGACCAUGAGAUUACAUAAAAGAUAUUUUGAAGAUGUGUGGACUUAAAUUAUAAUUUAUUUCUAGCAACACAAUUGUGAUAUGUACAAAAAUAUUUUAAAUGUGCCAUUUUAAAAUUUGUAAAUAAUUUAUGUGGGUGAAUCAUAAUAUUUGAACUUAAUAUUUUAAUUUGAUUGGUUUGUUUAUGACUGAAAGUUAUCAAAAUCUUUAAACAGCUUGAUGUAGGUAACAACUAGUUUAUGUAAGAACAAUCACUUUUAUUAACAAAAAUCAUUAAUAUAAAUGUGGUAGGCUACAUGAGUUAAAAUCAUGAUGGAAAUUACUAUUUUAUGAUUUACACAACUAAUUUUCAUUCAGCAUUUUGUUAAUUUUCCAUGAGCUAUAAUAGGCAGAAGGAAACCCACACAAAUAGAAUUUUAUCUGCAUUAUGGUACUAUCACCAACAAGACAAGCUUGGUUGGAUUUGACCACUUUACUAAUAAUUAUUUUUCAGUGAUUUAUGUAAUUGAAGUAAAUAAGUCAAUUUUCUUCAAUCAUUAAUGUUCAGAACAUUCA